AUGAAGUCCCGCAGCGCGCUGCUGCUGGGCCCGCUGCUGGCAGCCGUCCUGCUCGCUAGCACUGUGGCUGAGCAGCCAGGCCGCACACAUGCGCUCAGCCGAAACUUGCUCGCCGACGCGCCGGCGGCCGCCCCACCCAUCACACCGCCUGCGGGCCCCACACCCCAGCCGCCGGCCGCCGCCCCGCACGCCGCGGGCGGCCAGGCAGGCGGCGCAGACCGCCACUGGACCUGGGACUGGCGGACGGUCGUGGCGCUGAUCUGCUCGGUCGGCAUCAGCCUCAUCAUCGCGCCUGGCGGCAGCGGCGGCGCGCAGCUGUACUACCCGCUGUUCAACGUGCUGCUCGGCUUCAGCAUUCGCGACACGGCCGCCAUCGUCUCGUUCGUGAUGUUCCUCGGCGCGAUCAUGUCCUGCAGCAUGGCGGUGGCCGAGAACCACCCCACCGACCCCGAGCGCCGCCCCGUCAUCGACUACGGCUCCGUCCUCGUCGUUGCCCCGGCCGUCCUGCUGGGCGUCGCGUUUGGCGUCAUCGCCAACGCGAUAGUGCCCCUCUGGCUUCUGCAGGCGGCCUCGAUCUCGGUGUUCUCCUGGGCUUUCAUCAAAAUCCUGCUGCCAUACCUGGCGCUGCGCGCGAAGGAGAAGCAGCGCGAGGAGGCAGCCGCGGCGAUCGCGAACGGGAUGCGGCAGGUCGUCAUCGCCGAGGCCUCAGGCGAGGGCGAGGGCGACGGCAGCGGCGGCGACGACGACAACACGAACGCAGGCGUGGGGGCAGCAAACGGAGGCUUGAUUUCGGUCACGGGCGCCGGCGGCGCCCGGGUCGUGUCGCCGUUCGCCGGCGCCGGCGCGCUGGACGGCGGCGCCGCGCCCUCGCCGGGCUCGGCGGCCGCGCUCUCCCCGCCGCUCAGGCGCGCGCGCACGGGGUCCGUCACGCUCGCGAGCAUUGAGAAGCAGGGCGACCCCGAGCUUGUCCGCGCCGCCGCCGCCGCGCUCGUCGCCGGCGCGCUUGGCCGCCGCGGCUCCCUCGGCGCCGCGGCCAGCGGGGCCGCGCCAGAGGACGCGAUGGCGGACGAUCUGGAGGCGUUCCGCGCCUUGGAUGCCGAGGUCAGAGCGCUCGAGGCGGCCGCCUUGGACGACUACCCGCUGUCGGGCGCGCUGUCGCGGGCGUUCACGAGCGACGCAGACACCCUCAUGUUGAUGGACGCCAUCGACGCCGCCGCCCACCACGCGGGCGGCGACCCGGUGUCCACGCUCCGCGCGAUCUCGGCAGCGAGGCUGUCGGGCCGGCUGCCGGUCAGCACCGGCGCCGCGUCCGGCGCGAGCGUGGUCGUGGCGGCCGACGCAAAGGUCAUCCUUGUGUCUCCACCCGCGGGCAGCGGCGCCGAGGGGCCGGCGGCGGGGCGGCGCGGCGCGCUUCCGGCCCGCUUGCGCGCGUGGGCGGCGCGGCAGCCCGCGCUGCUGAUGGUGCUGACGCUGGCGGUGCUCGCGCAGCAGCUCGCGUUCAGCGUGCUGCAGCGCGCGGUCGUCCAGCCCUGCACGGGGGGAUUCUACGGUUUGCUCGGCGCGCGCAUCGGCGUCACUGUCAUACUAGCGGUGGGCGCGAGCGUCGUCGUCACACGCUUCAACCGCAGCUUCCAGCAGCGACACGGUCAGCACGCUGAGCACCAGCAGGAGCCCCAAAACCAUGAUCAAAAGCAACAGCAGCAGGCUCACGCGUCCGAGGAGAGCAAGCCCGUGGCGCCCGUCGCAGACGCCGCUGCCGCCCAGAAGCAGGCGCGCGCCGAGCGCCGCGCGGCGCGCGCCGCGGAGCGCGAGGCGCUGCGGCGGCGCAACUGGGAGGCGAUCCAGUGGCGGCCGCGCGACAUCAUCGAGAAGAACCUGGCCAUGCUGCUGAUCGGCGUGCUUGGCGGCUGCCUUGGCCUCGGCGGCGGCUUUGCCAUCGCGCCGCUGUUGCUCGGCAUGGGGCUCCACCCCCAGUGCCAGGCGGGAACCAGCAAGGCCAUCCUGCUCAUAUCAACCCUGGCCAGCUCAGUCAGCUUCCUCAUUGCCGGCCGCAUGGCCAUCACCUACGCGCUAGUGUGA